AUGCCUUAUUCGGACUUGCCAAAUGAGAUCAUCCUGCAUAUCAGCAGCUUCUUUGACCUUGACUUCAAUAUAAAUCGAUAUUGUUCGUCUUCCCCCGAGGACAACUCGCUUUCGCUUUCGUCUGACCCAAACGUUAAAGACUUCCUUGCCUGGAUCCGAACAUCGAAACGGCACGCCGCUGUGCUAACGCCUGUCCUGUUGGAUCAUGCUUUCAACUUCACUCCCACUCGUCGCGAGAAAGAAAAACAGGACGCACAAUUCCGAAAAAUAACAAGAAUGCGUACAAGCAGGAUUUGGUGGACGAGUCGCGUUUGGGAGUCACAGCAUCUUGCGGAUUAUCUUCGAAGCAGAAGUCACGAACGCUUCUGGCCUGACUUUGUUUAUACGCUUGUCAAUGGAGUGUACAAAAAAGUGUCCCUGCUGGAGGCCCUCAUCAGGGUGUCGAGCGCGAAGAUGCUGGAGUUACUUCUCGACGACCAGGAAUUUCGAGAGACGUACCUUGAUCGUGAUGGGGGCUCGUCGGACACAUUACCGAAUCAUUUGGAACUGGCGAUUCACGAUGAUGAUACGCAAAUAGCUCGGAUUUUGCUCAAUGCAGGAUCAAAUGUUAGAUAUUUCAAUGCUCAAGGUCUCUCCCCGUUACACUCAGCCGCUGAAUAUCAAUCACUGGAAUACGUCGACCUACUUCUCGACUUCGGGGCAGAUGUCUGGGCAAUGACUGAAGGUGCCAACCGUCAGCCGUUAUUGCCCGUUGAAAAGGCGCUUCGCCAGUUGCCGGACAGGCCCGAGGUAGCAAACAGAUUAUUGGACAUGAUGCUGCAGACGGAGGGCCAGAAAAGCCCGUGGGACUGGAAGCUGCACCUAGCGCACCGUGUCUUUUUUCAUUGUCAAGGCUUUCAUUCAGGUGCUGCCGACUUUGUCCAAGUACUUAUCGACAGCGGUGUCAACCUCUUUGCCCCAAAUCGCGAAGGGAAAACAGCCCUCGAGACUAUUGAGGAACUGGGCCGAAAACAUUGCUCUAGGAAUAUGGAAGAAUACCGGGCUGAGAGUCAACCUGACUGGCUCAAGGUCGCGGCCUUCUUGCUGCAGAUUGACCCGCACAUAUGGCCGGAGGGCCAUAUAAACAGUCAGCUCUGGAGGUGUGUCCAAAAGUCAGAUUAUCUGUUUGAAUGUCAACUCGUUCUGUUGAAUUUGCUUGUCCGAGCGAACGAGUCUGCCUUGGGAGCUAUCGCAACCGACGGUUCUACUUCAAUGCAUUACCUGUGUGACCACGAGCUUCUCUCCCAUAAUCGCAUUCGACCACCCAACGACCGCCCAGACUAUAUUGAGAAUUUCUGGCCACAGCUCUACGAGGACCUCCAAAGCGACCUAGAACCCCAGCUCUGUCGCACCGGUCCCGCCGUAUUUCGAGAUUCUUCUCCUGACCCUAAUCACGUCUAUGAACACCGCUUCGCCAAUGUUCGUGAAAUGAUCACUAUCCUCCUGGAUCACGGGGUGAGCAUCUCCCACCAAAAUGAAAAUGGCCAGACUCCUCUCUACCUGGCGGCGCGGUCGCCGUGGCAUGGAUUCCUCUCUCUCCUGUUAAGGAAGAGACCUAAUGACCCCGCUGUCAACAUCACUUACACGGAGGAGAACAAACUCAAGACACCCCUCUUCGCCGCAAUUGCAUCCGGGAACGCCUCAUCCGUGGAGUUGCUCCUUCGCAAUGGGGCGGAUGUCCAUGCAACGGAUCAUAAUGGCUACAACGCCUUGCACCUGGCCGUCAGGUCAAGGGAAACAGAAGUACAAACCGUGCAGGCCAUAAUCCAUGCCGGCUGCCCUGUCGAUGAUAGUCAUCCGUCCAUCGGAACCGCGUUACACCUCGCAGCUGCCUGUGGCUUUGUAUCGGCCAUCGAAGUCCUAAUUAACGCUGGCUGCUCUCCGCAUAGAAGGAACAGCCAGGGGCUCACGCCGUUUGGCGUGGCUCUACGGGCUGCGACAUGCAAACGCAACGGGGCAGCGGAGGAACUAAUUCGAGUUCUUGGUGGUGAGAUCGUGAGAAAUGAGGAUCGCGGAAGUGGGGACUUGGUGUGUAUGGUUUUGCAAAGUACGAACCAGGGGAAGGAGAACACUGAGGCGGGGCAGGAUCUUGCCAGACUCUUGGUUUCGUACGGGGCAGGAACCCAUGAACACUGUGACGCCUGUGAUUCUUUGAGAAAGGAGUGCGACUUGUAG